AGAUCAACAACAUCACCGCCUUCACCGCCUUCAAUCAUCACCACAACUCACAAUGCGGCACCCAGAGCGCACCCUCAAAGAGGCGUCUCUUUGUGUGGACCCGCUCAAUCUCAAAAUGCCGACCACGGACUUGAUCGCCCCGUCGUCCUCCUCCGCGUCGGCCUCGUUCGCCCGCGAUCCCGUCGCGCGCAAUCGGCGUCACUUCCCUCCUACCGGCGUCCAGGACGGCGCCGACGCAGAGGAAGCUUACACGCACAAGUGCGUGGCCUCGCAGUCUGGCGUCUUCCACCGCGCCAGCGUGGCCGGCACCGAUCCUGUCCCGCGCUCGAUCCUCUGGCGCGUGCUCGAGUCCGGCACCGUCCUCGAUCUCGUCCCCGUCGACCCCGUGUUCUCGAGCGCGCUGUCGUCACAGGUAGAAGCCCACCGGAUCCGGAUACAUUUUCCAGGUCCGAUUCGGCAGUCUUGCGUCGUGCUUUCGGACGAUCCCAGUAGCGGCGAGGGUGAAGAUGCGCUCGUUGUCGAUGUCUUGACUGACAGUCUGAUGCUGUAUUCUUUCCACCUCUCCAGUCGCUCGUUCUUGCAGGACUGGGAACGCAGACCUUCUAGUGAAUGGUGUCAUGUCUUAGAGUCUGCACACUUUAAUCUUCGACCCCCUUUGUAUAUGGAUAAAGGGCCGGUCGGCAGCGGAUCGCUUAUAUUCUCGCUCAUGGACGGAGGACUUAUGCGGCUAGAUCGAUCACACACUUUGGCCGAUGAUUAUACCGAGCGUGUUUUUAGCGACGGUAGUUACUUGGCGUCAUUAAGAGGGAUGUUUCUCUGGGGCUCCAACGAUCGCGUCCGAGGACACCCAAAUAUGUCUACAAACAUGAUUGUCUCUAUGGUCUGCACACCAACCCUUCUCAUUACAGCAUCAAUCAGUGGCAUGAUCAAACUAUGGUCUCUCGAAACGCUCACCUCUCUCUCCGUCUACGACAUUGCCAACUCUUCAUCUCUGACUACUGCCAACAACAGCAACGGCGGCAAUGCAGCGACCCCGAAACAGCUCUUUGCUACUGAGCCUGCGACAUUACUCUCGACUACAACCGCCAAAGACGGAACUGUGUAUGUGAUCUCUUACUCCCCACUGGGCGAGGGUCAAUUCCGUCUCUGGCGACUCGACACAAGCUCUACUCAGACGUCUUUGAUAGAUGUUCUCGAGUCUCCCAUCGUCCCUAUCGCGCCUGAUGAAAACGCAAUCUGGAUGAUCCCCUCAUUUAUCCUGACCACGAGUUCCAAGGCCAAAUUAUCUUCAAAAUCCGUCGAGUCUCAAGAGCCAAGCACUCUAGAUCUGUGGGUUGUCUGGAAGAGCAACAAGUCGUCGCGCAUACACAUGCUGUUCAACAUUCCUACAAUCAGCGGCGCGGCGAGCAAGAAGGGCCUUAUGUGGCGCGCAGUUGCUCCCAACUCGGGCCCAAGCAAUGUCAGCGAUGAGAUUGACCUGCCGACCGAAGACAUCAGUGACCGGUAUCUGCGACGAAUCUUCCGGCCUGGCUUGUAUUCCCCUUCGGUCUUGGAGACCGUGCUGCCGGUAUACGAGAAGCAUUACUCUGUUAAUCUCUCGCGGGCCGAAGAUUUGGACUCGACUACCCUGACACUCAAACAGCGAGUGGUCAAAGCCGUCGAAGCCUCAGUGCCCGCACAGCCCUCACAAGCUGAUUACGGAUCUUAUGCUCGGGACCUGAAGCAGCAGUGGGCGCGCUUUGAUCGGCUGUGUAUCGAACUCUCGAGACUUGGAGACGAGGCACUUUCGCUCUCCUACCACGGCUCGACCAACUCGAUCGUCCUGGUGAAGGCCACGUCGAUCGUGUUUGUCCGGUAUUGUAUAGGGCUGGAGCAUGUGCAGUUAGCUGGUACGCGGAGUGUAAUCGCAUUUAGUGGGCAUGAGGGAAGGCGCACAAGGACACCUGUGCAGGAUCACGAUGACGUCGAGCUUCUUGGUUCCUUUGCAUCCUUUUCUCGGCUUUUGCCGGGACCUGUGCUUGGCGAGUUUGUAUCCGCUCUGCUGGAGCAUGCGCUUCAACCCACUCACUAUUCUCCCGGAGACUCUGCGUUUGCGAUCUACGAAGCUUGCUUGCAGGACCAGGUGUCUGAUUCCGCGCUGGACUUGCUUCAGAAACGACUGUCUGAUAUCGACAAGCUGCAGUCGUCGUUCGAUACAUGCUACGAAGAUCUGAAGUUUAUGCACAGUCCCGACUCGGUUUUCGGCCGACCGGCGUUGAACACUCGGUACUAUCUUUCUCCUGUCGGUGUAUCUCUGGCAGUUGCGUCGACCUAUCAGUCCGUAUCGACAACCUACAGACUGGUUGUUGACGCGCUACUGUUUCUUUCCGUAUACAGCUCGGGAGAGAUUCAGGACUGUGGAAUUGCAUACGAAGACCUGUUUGCCAAGUUCAUGGCACUACUGCGCAGUCUGCAUUUUCUAAAGACCGUCUGUGAAUGUCUUUUGGAUAAGAGCGAUGUGAGCGGGCAGCGACUGCUGCUUGCCGACGACGAAGAUACACAGCUUGCUGCUGGCGUUAACCAACUAGACCUCGAAAAGUCAAAGUCGUCGUCCGGAAACAGCGAGUCUCUUCUUGAGCUGCUCUUUUCGCGGUUCUCGCUCACGCUGGGAAGCACAGUCGCGAGCUACCUCGCUUCGUCGUCUGGAUCACUGGCGCCGAUUGGUUGGGGUUUAGGCCAGGUUGUUUCUUACACGGAAGAGUUUUUCUCAAUUUCGAGUUCGCAGUCUGCUGCUAUUGCAGCCGCAGGCGCUGCUAUUAGCUCGGGACACCUACAAGCUGCCAAAGAGAUGCUGCCGUAUUUCGAGCUUGACGGUCUAGGCUGCUUCGCCAAAGGUUUAGUCCACCUGCGGGCGCGCGAAGACGAGUUGGCGACGGAGUGGUUUUGCCAGUGCGUGACCGAGAUGGCGUCGGUGACGAUGACGGACGAGACCGCGCUCGCGUUUCGGGAUUUCUACCCCGCCGGCAGCGAACAUUUCGCCAUCUACGCGGGCCGCGGGGUAUCAGCGCUAGCGGUGCAUAUUGCGGCGAUGCUUGAUGCGGCGGGAGCGCUUGCGAGUGCGUGCGAGUUUGGCAAGCUGGCGAUUGAGAUGAGGGAUGAAAGUGCAGGGGAUGACGAUGGGUUGCAUCAGGCUGUGUUUGAGAGCGCUGUUAAGGGGGGGUUGUUUGAUGAUGCGUAUAUGGCGGUUGCCGCUGUAUCCAACAAGAAAUUACAACAUAUGUUGCUCGCCGGGUUCAUCACAGAACUAUGCGAGUCAGGGCAUUCAGCACGACUAUGCAGUUUCCCCUUUCUCGAGCUCCACACACAAGUCAAGUCGAUUCUCGAAUCGAAAGCGCGUAUGUCUGUCGAUCUAGCGAUCGGCAGCAACGGUAACAGCGGAGGAGACCACAGGCCUAAUUACUACAAGAUUCUGUUUUCAUGGUGUAUCGAGCACGGGGAAUACCAGGACGCGGCGGCGGCGAUGUAUGAGUACAUUCAGCGGCUGCGGAGUGGGUUCACAGCUAGCGAGGGCGAGUUGUUUUCGAGUACGGAUUUGGAAGCUAACUCGUGCUAUCUGGUGCUGAUCAAUACGUUGAUGUGCAUUCCGGAAACAAAAGGCAGUCCCGAGGCAUGGUUUCUUGCGCACAAGGUUGUUUCGCGCGAUAGCGCAGACGCGGAGGGUACGCAGGUGUCGAAACGGGCGCGGGGGAGUAAAAGACGGGGAGUGGAUGGGAUGACUAGAGUUCUUGUGAAGGCGUCUGAUGUGCAGAAGGAGUACGAUGAGGAGAUUGCUAGGAUGGAAGCGAUUCUUGCACGGCAGGUCAUUGAGGAAAUUCAUGACUGAGAAUGCUGAUGGGAAUGGCUUUGUAGAUUAGUUUGAUAGUUGUAUGAGAUGAUGCAGUGAAUGUAUGUGGAGUUUGAUAGAUGAUUAGAAUUUGCUAAGUAGUGUAGGGAGGGAUGUACAUGGAGAUAUAGCUCUUGUCCAUCGACGUGGCGCCAGUUUGUAGUG